AAGACUUGGAAGGAGUUUUACACGCUAAUCUAGCUGAGGACACAAUGCAGCGAAGAAGAUUAAGUAAAAUGCAUGAAAAUGCCAUCAUUCGCAUCACAACACCCAAAAGAAAAAACACAGAAGGUGCUAGUUCGUCACGUUCCAAAAUAGCACGAGGUAGUUCGAUAUCAUCUGGAUUAGAUAGUUCUGAAGCACUUUUUGAUGAUGAUUUCUUUUUGAAUGUAUCGAUGUUAACGGAUCAAAAAAUGCCUGAAGUUAUGGAAAAAAUGGUCCAUGAAGAAUUACAGGAAGAACUUCAACAAGUCAAACAAGAAAUGGAAAAAUUUAAAGAAGAAAGCUUAUCUAAGGAUUGUGAUUUGGCUUCAGUUAGGAAAUCUGAAAAUACAUUGAAGGAAAAGUUAGCUUUAAUUACGCAGAAUCUUUCAGAUGCAAAAAAUCAACUAUAUUGGCUGGAAGCUGAUGCUGCGACACAUAAAGCAAAUCUUCAAGGUAAAAUGGAAGAACUUGAAGAGGCAAGGAUAAUGUUGGAAAGUCAAGGGGAAGUAAUAAAAGAACAUAAAGACAGAGAAAAGUCACUAACAACGAGAAUCACUGAUUUGGAAGCAGAGUUGUUCCAGAAGCAAAUCCACCAUUCUAAAAUAAAAAAAGAAAACGAAGAUUAUUUAAAAGAAGCGCAGACUUUAGAAGUUGACGUUUUGAAUCAAAAACUUGAACUCGAAUUCUUUGGAGGAAAAUUAAAAGAAAAAACUCAAUUGUUAGAAUCGGAACAAAUUAAAAAUAAAGACUUGAUUGCAGAUUUGAAGGAGAAAGAAGCACUUUUGGUACAAGAAAAAGAAAACUGUUUUACGCUGCAACAACAAUUAGAAGGUGAAAGUAAAACAACUUCUGAACAAUUAUCAUUAUUGCGCAAUUCUAAAUUUGAAUUAGAAAAAAGACUUGCAAUCAGGGAAGAAGAAAUUACUACACUGAAUACAGGAAAAGGAAAUUUAAAUAUAGAGUUAGAAAAUGUGAAAAAGGAGAGAUUGGAAGAUCAGAUUGCUAUUAAAACACUGCAUAAACAAUACAUGGAAUUGCAAGGUUCUUAUUUUGAAAUGCAAAAUCAAAAUAUUGGAUAUGAAGCUGAAAUAGAGGAAUUUAAGGAAGAGAUGAAAAGAUCUGAGUCUUAUUUGGAAAAAGAAAGAAAAUUGAGGGUAAUGUUUGAAAGGAAAUUGAAUGAUGAAAGAGAAAUUUAUAAAACAAAAGAAUCGAAAUAUGAAUUUCAGAUGGAGUCGUUACAAGAAGACGUGAUUUGCUGGAACGAACAAUAUUCUGCUUUAGAUAAAAAACUAAAAAUUGCAGAAGAAAAGGUGGAAGAUACUAAGAAAACCAUUGAAAAUUUACAAAAGGAAAUUAACAAAAGAGAAGAAAUAAUAAUAGAAAAAGGAAAGGAGACGGAGGUGAAAUUAAAAAAAAUUGAGAGCUUGAAAGAAGAAUUGGUUGAGAAACACAAGAUUGAACUUAGAGAAACAAGAGAAAUGUUGGCUAUGGAGUAUGAACAAAUGGUUUCAUCACUGAAAAACAACAAUAAAGAUCAAUCAAACCAACUUCAAGAUAUGCAAAAUCAACUCGAAGAAGCCCAGCAAUUCAGAAAACAUGCGGAAGAGGAACUUGAAAAGAUUCGGGCUAAAAAAGAAGAAUUGAUGACUGAAAAUGCUGCUUUAGCUGGACAUUCAAAUCAUCGUCAAAAAAUUCAGUAUUUAAUAAAAUUCAAAGAGAAAUACAAUACACUUGAAAUGGCACACACCAAAACAGCUAUGGAACUGCAGAGAGCGUUGUUGGCUUUGAAGAAAUAUGAACCUGAUUUUAUUCCUUCUCGCAAUGCUCUUACCGUUAAUACCAGCAACAUGAGCAAUCAUCGCUCUCCUUUAAAGCCAAAAGAUGUGAAUGAUCAAAAUGAAUGUCAGUUUAUAACAGAGGGAAUAGAAAAUGCAUAACCAGAACGAUGUGGAUUAGUUGGAAGAGAUAGAUAUUUUGUCAUCCGCAACAUAGAAUGAUAAAAUGCCAUAUCAGUUUUAUUGUUCUCUGUUAUGUUGAUUAUUUUACAUUAGAAGUUGCUUUUUAAAUGAGCGCUAUUCAUGAGAGACCAACGGACUGCAAUAUAGUUUGCAAAUUUGAUUCUUGAGGACUACUCGCUGCCUGUACUGCCAAUCAAGCGUAAUUUAAAAACUUCAGUCUUCGCUGGAGCUUUGACUAGAUCUUAUCAUUAAUAGCUAUUCGUUUGAAUGACGUAUUUGUUUUUGGUACCUCAUUAACAUAUAAACUCAAAAUAUGUAAUAAUUUCUCAAUCUCCUUUGAUUUCAAUGUAAUGACUUCACAGAUAUAAUGAUGCGACCAUAGAAUAUAACAGCAUUAAUAUGCGCUGCAAGUUUGUGAUCCUCGUAAUAUAUAUUUUCAAAUAUUGAGUGAUUUAAAAAUUCUAUAUACCGGUAAUAGUUUGGCUGCAUCAAGUCUAACAAAAACUUGGACAACUUAAUAGAAUUUUAUUAUAAACCUUUUGGUAUUCCCAGCAAGGUAAAUGGUUCAAUUUGGAAUAGGCUCACUAAUACAAGGUAUCAAAGCAAUGCGAUCAAAAUGAUGUAAGGGUGCUUCUGCCAGAUCUAUCUUAUAAUAAUCUUGCGUAAUUUUCUACAUACCUUUGGUAAAGGCUCAUAUGAGAUGCUGGCCUUGAUUGAAUUGUCAGGCAAAGCUCUGCAUUGUGAGGCUUUGAACACUUUCAACACAGUAGUCAAUGCUUGCAUCCCCUGCAUGAAUUCUCUGAUUUUUUUCCUAAUGUUUCUUUCAUUAAGUUAUAUAUUCACAUCUAAACUAUUUUUACCAAUAUACUUGGAAUUUUGAAAAAGCAAGUGAGGUAUGAUAAAAACCCAUUUGCGUCUCUGGGAAUUUUCUCUCUCGGAAAAUGAACUUGCUGAACGGAGCCGUAUUUUGGUAUUAAAAUAUUUGCAUUUUAUUUGUAAUCUAUUGGCGUUUAUACCUGUCCUAAACCAAAAAAAUGUUCUAUCGAAUGUAAUAUUCGUUGUUUCAUGAGAAUUCACGUAGAUUGCAAACAA